AUGAGCGUGCCCCAUCCUCUGGACGAGAUAGUUAUGCGCAAGAUGCCUGAUGGCAGCGUGGUUACCAGGGCUCAUUUGGCCGCAGCCAGUCAUCUUCAGGGAGGCGCUGUACCCGACCACCUCAUAUCGCUCGAUGAUCCAAGGGAGCUAGGCGAUUUCAUGACUCGCUUAUACAAGAUGUCCGGUAUCCCCGAUUACCUCGACGAAGCUAUAGCAGCGACGCAGAACGCUGUCAGAUCUGAGCCAGGGCUUGGGGACCCAGCACUCUUCUCUUCUCUAGUCGAGAGACUUGGUGACCGGUACGAUAUCAACAACGACUUGAAGGAUCUCGAGAGUAUGAUCUGGGCAACCCGGCGUGCGAUCCUGUUUACCGCUGACACCGAUCAGGCUAAACGGGCAGAACGGCUUCACGAUCUCGGUACCUACCAUAUGCGGCAUCUCGCAAUAUGCCACUCGCAGGACGAGCUUGAACAGGCUAUACUUGCCUUUUACUGUGCAUGCCAGCUGGCGGCCAAUGACCACGAGAGCCAGUUUCGGCCUUUCUUCUUCUUCCACUACGGCGUCGCCUUGACGGACCGCUUCAAUCGCACUGGUCAGCGGCACGACCUCGAUGCUGGCAUCUCUGCACAACGCCACGCAAUCAGUAUCAUGCCCGACGGUCAUCACCGAAAGCCUUCGACGCUGGUUGAACUCGCGCAACGACUGUUCUCUCGAUUCAAGCUUAUAGGCGCCCAACUCGACUUCGACGAGGCGGCUGCCUAUUAUGGCCGUGCUAUAGUACUCACGCCCGACGAUGGCCCUCGAAAGUUGUCCUUAUUAGACAACCUCGGCAAGCGCCUGGCUACUCACGUUGCCGAGACCGGUCAUCGAGGAUACAUGGAUGCCGCGAUAUUCGUACGCGGUCGCGCAGUCGCGCUCACUCCCAUCAAGAACUCUGAGCGCGUGACUCGGUUGGAUCACCUUUGCGAGUCUUUGAGCGUUCGUUUUGAGCGGGACGGGGAUCUUCGAGAUAUAGAUGCCAGGGUUUCAGUGCUUCGUCACAUCACCAAACUCAUUCCCGAAGAUCACCCGGAUCGGUAUAGGCAUCGCAUGAACGAGGGCACCGCGUUGACCCGUCGUUUCGAAUGCACUGGCGCACUUCCGGACAUCGAAGAGGCAAUCCGAGCCCAUCGUGUAGCGUCGAUGUUCAUGAAGGAUGACCAACCGGAGAAGCCCUAUGCUCUCAUGCAUUUUGGAACAUCGCUGUGCAUACGCUACAAGCGCACCGGGGAGUCGUUGGACAUUGACACCGCUGUUUUGGUACAGCGGCGCGCACUCAGCCUCGUACCUGCCGGUCACCCUCAUCGUGCUGUCUUUCUCAACAACCUUGGCGCCUCUUUAACGAUCCGUUUCGGUAACACAUACCGGCUCUACGAUAUCGAGGCUGCGAUCUCGGUGAACCGCGAGGCGGUGGAGAUCACACCUGACGGCGAUCCCUACAAACCACAUCGACUGAUGAACCUCAGCAGUGCCUUGCGAUCUCGUGCCCUCUUGACAGGGUCUUCAGAGCCGCGCGACUCUGAAGAGUCUAUGUCUGCACUUCGUCUGGCGGGUGAGCUCACACCCGAAGACCAUUAUGUCAAGCGAGCGGUCUACAACAACUCUGCUGGCGGGCUUAUAGACAGAUACAAGGCUACAAACAACAUCGACGAUCUCACACAGGCAAUCUCCAUGUCUAACCUCGCACUGGACCUGGCGCCAGACCAUGAUCCUGCCAAAUCGCAGUUCUUGUCUGUUCUCAGUCGUGCUCGGUACGAGAUGUUCAAGCGCAGCCCAAGUCAAAUGACGUUCGACGAAGUCGUAUAUUCACUCUCGCGAGCAUCUUCUCAUGGGGAUGGCAAUCCCUUUGGUCGGUUCGCUAUGGCGAAGGCAUGUGUAGAGAUGUUCCACAGGUAUCCGACCUUCGAGUCUCCCAAUGGUUCCCUGGAGAACCUGUUGUCGGCGCAUGCCCUCGUCAUGGACCGUCUUCCUGAGGUUGUCUGGUUUGGAUAUAGCGUAAACCGACGUUAUCAAGAGGCCUCGAAAGGGAAGGACGACGUGAAUGCUGCAGUAUCCGACGCGAUUCGUGCAGGAGCCCUGUUGCGAGCAAUGGAGUGGCUCGAGGCGGGACGAUCAUUCGUCUGGUCACAGAUCUUGUCCUUGCGCACGCCUCUCGAUGACUUGGAGAAGCAUCAGCCGGAGCUUGCACAGGCCUUCGUUGCUGCCCAGCGUGAGCUCCGACACCCUUCUGAGUUAGCAGGGGUCUUCGGCAGCGGCCACAAACCGCCCGCUAACAUUGAACUCGUUGGCACGAUCUUAUUCGCCAUGGGUGGAUUCAUGGACGCCCUUUUCCGGGACAGUGCGGAGGAAGUUCAUCGAGGACGGGUCGUGGAGUACGAGGUUCUCCUCGGGAAGAUUCGCGCUUGCCCGGGAUUCGAAAACUUCCUGCGUCCAACACCUCUCAAGGGGUUGUCAUCUCACCUCACAUCCGGCCCUGUGAUAUUCAUCAACGUGCAUUCAAGCCGCUGCGAUGCGCUCAUCCUCUCCGGUAAUCGAGAGGUUGGACACGUACCUCUUCCGCGCCUCACUGAGAGGCUGGCAAGCGGAUUGUUCAGAGUGUGGGCGUUCCGAACCAAUCUUCAUAAUCACUCCGCUCGAACUCGAGGAUCCAUCUCCUCGCUCUUGACGCGCGGGUCCUUGGCUCCAAGCCCAUUCGUUCGCAUGCUGGAGGUACUAUGGACCGCUGUGGUGGAACCCAUCCUACAAAGCUUGGACCUCGUUUCCAUGUGUAAUGGCGAUCUUCUGCCGCAUAUCACUUGGUGUCCGACGGGGCCACUGGCUCACCUUCCUUUACAUGCGGCUGGAAUCUACACGGAUCCCGAGGGCCCGCGUGCCUACGACUUUGUCGUGUCUUCGUAUACGCCAUCCCUCGCCGCGUACACACGCAGUCGCGAGAGUCUUGACAAGGAGUGUUCAGUAAGGCUGAGGCCUAGUUUGCUCGCCGUGACACAGCCAGCGACACCGGGCCAUAGCCCUCUUCCCGGAAUCGCGGAGGAAGUCUCACGCCUCAAGGAAGUCCUCUCCCAGUCCGCGAUCGGCACCGAGAUCCUCGACGAUGAAGACGCUACAGUGGAGGCAGUCCGGGAUGCCGUGAAUAAGUACCCCUGGGUACACUUCGCUUGCCACGGCACGCAGGACCAGAGCGAUGCCAGCCAGAGCGCCUUCAUACUCCACGAUGGCCCGCUCACGCUGUCCAAACUCAUGAACAUGGUGGCAGACGACGCGGAGCUUGCUUUCCUUUCAGCGUGCCAGACCGCCGUGGGCGAGUACGAUAAUCCCGAGGAGUCUGCACAUCUCGCGGCGGGGAUGCUCGCAGUGGGCUUCAAGGGUGUUGUGGCGACAACGUGGUCAAUCUUGGACGAUGACGCGCCGCUUGUCGUCGAAACCUUCUACAGGGAGUUGCUUGCCAUGCGCAGCGCAGGUGCGGUCCAGAGAGGGGAGACCGGUGCGGCCUACGCGCUCCAUGAAGCAACGCGGCGUUUGAGGGAGGAGGUUGGCGAGAAUAACUUCGCACGCUGGGUCCCUUUCGUGCAUUUUGGUGUCUGA